AUUUCAAAAUGAAACAAUACCAAUUUCUGUUGAACAGGCUUACAAAUCAUUCGCGAAAAUUUAUAAUAAAUCUUUUUGAAACUACUUCCGCCCAUGGUGUUCGCCACCUGGUCCAACUUGGUGUCCAUAUAGUGGAACGAAUUAUUUGGAUCACAUGUAUAGUGGUUGGAAUAUUUGGCAUGGUAGCGUUGUCUCAACGAAUUUGGGACCGCUACCAAACAUCACCGGUCGUCAUAUCGAUGGAUAGAAACAUGUACUUCUGGAACACCAGCUUUCCCAGUUUGACCGUUUGUUCCCACCAUCGAAUUGAUGAGCAGAAAGUGAAACAGUACAUCCAAGAUCACCCGGAAAAAUUUACAAUCGAUGGAGAUGUCGAGGAUUUUGAAGAAUUUGUAAUGAAAUUAGCCAACGCAACGUAUGACACAUUUAGUGAAAUUCCCAUGCACAAAACGUAUGGAAUCGAUAGCUCGGAUUAUAUGGAGUUGAUUUCGAAUUUGUCCUGGUCAUUUCAACCCCAGGUCAGUAGUGGAACAACGUUGUUCCUCUAUCUCCAGCCUACGGUUACAGAGUUGGGAUUGUGCAUAUCGGUCAACUCCAGAAUAGCGCAGUACAGUUCAUAUCAAUAUUGGAGGGACCGACGUUGGGACACAACUGAAAACAAUAUCCCGAAUGUUGUUGUUCAUCCAUUGGACGGUGAAGUAUACGGUCAGUUGAUUAAGCUUGAGAGUUCCUACGAAGUUUACUUCCAUGGGUACAUGGAGGUUCCGGAGAUCUCUAAACGGCGAUAUUCUUUCAAGGAUGCCUUCUACACCACUGUGGAGUUGCUGGCACUGGAACUCAUUACAUCACCAAACGCUAGGGAGUUAUCGGUUUCGCAGAGAAAGUGUCGUUUCACGCACGAAGCUGAAGUAUUACAGUUCAGUCCAGUAUACAGUUACAACCUUUGCCGGAUCGAAUGUCGCAUGCGGUUAGCUGCACGAAUAUGUGGUUGUAUUCCACACUUCUAUCGCAACAAUGGGAAAGCUAACGCAAAGUACCGGAUAUGUAAUUUUGAUGGUUAUCACUGCCUCAGAAGGAACUCAGACAUAUUAUUGACUUUACCACCCAGCACCAAUGUCGAAUGUAACUGUCUGCCAAACUGUGACGAUUCAAACUUUUUCGUACAAGCUUUUCGUUCAAGAGAGUGGUUCUUAGGAGCAAAUCUUCAAUGGGGUUUAACUGACUAUCCAAAGAUGCAGUUGAAUAGAGACAUCAUUUUUGGUUUAUCGGAUGUCUUUGUUUAUAUCGGUGGUCUCGGUGGUUUUUUCCUGGGUUGCAGUUUGAUAACUUUCACCGAGUUCUUGUUCUUUUUAACCUGGCGCCUGUUCAAACGACAAGAUUAACUAGUAGCGCCGGGUGUUACGCGAUUUGAGCGCAACCAGCUGUUCCUUGCACGUUGCACGCUUUGUUUCGUUGGUCUGGAGCAACUUUCGUAGCCGUACGAUUCUGGCAGUGUUGUGAUUCUUUUUGAUUACCAGGUUCUGUUCCCGUUUCUCCAGGGAACGCUGCAAUUCAUUCAAAGUGCCUUCUCUCUCAUCGAGCUGGUACUCACGCGUAUAACUAGCUGCGGAUAGUUGAUACGGUGAGGCUACGUUGGGACAGGUGAUACGGUUGCGGAAUUGAUCUAUAAACCAAAAAAAUCAAACUAGAAUGGUUCAUCUGUGUGUAUAGUUACAAUGUUAAAAACUCCAAACUCUAUCUUCAAAAUCUUAACGAAUUAUUGGAUUCUUGUUAACUUGCAUUCUUCAACUUCCUUUUGGCAAAUGAUAUAUGUAUACAGAAAUGCUAAUAAAAAAGGGAUUCUUAGCCACAACUUUUUCACCUUUAUUCUUCGAAGUGAGUCGAUCGAUUGCUGCCUUGUGCUCCUGCACCAAACAACGAAGUUUCUCAUGGCGUAUAUGUUCAAUCUCGUGAA